GUCCUUGAUACUUUCUCUCACAACACAAACACAACACAAUACAACGCCACACAACAGCUGUUCAACAUGACAAUAAGGCAAUUUUCCCCUAUCCUCCGCUAUUCUAGGAGAUUUAUGCUUGGGAGCAUUGGAACCGGCGUCUGUUACGGGGCCUUUGCAGCCAAUUCCACCAUUCGGUUCGACUCCCGCCAAAAAUCGCCUCCGACGGCGAGUCAGCCUGCAGUCAAACCUUCAGAGCCAUUGCUUUCUCCUCGCAUCAUUCGGCAGAUAUCUGCCGGCAGCGUUGUUGGAUUUGGUACCGGUCUCCUUGUUUCUCUAUUUUCUCGCACCCUUGUAUUCAUUGGCGGAGUAAUGGCGGCCUUUUACCAUCUCGCAUCCUCAUAUGGGCUAGGCCUACCGAGCAUUGUUUCUUCUCACAAGGUUCUCACGGAUAAAAUCCCCUUCAUCAAGUACGGCACAGGAAAUGGCUGGUUCGUAGCAUCUUUCAGCUUAACCUUCAUCCUAGCAGCGUUUGUACGCCUCUAA